GCUUGCUAUUAUUCUUUCCGUUCUGGACUAUUUCCACUCUACUUGUCAUCUUCCUCUUACAGUACAUUACAAUUCCUACAUUAGACUUGUCUAAACACUAAUACGUAUUGGAAACCAUACAAAUCGAUUCAGCUAUAAUAUAUAAAGAUCUAGCCCUCUUUUGAAGAAAGCAACCGGUCGGAAAAAUAUUGUCAAUACCAAUAUUAACUACUACAUUGAAAGACAUAUCCGUGUUUUGCUAUCUAUUUAAGCAUUCACACAAACUCAGUCGGAGUGUAUUAGAUAAUUUGACACUGAACUUGCUUGCUUCAGACGAUCUUUUUUCACUUCUAAUUUUGUUCUGUAAGAGAUUGAAGAGGAAUCGGCAGCCAUGGGUAAAAAUUCUGAACUCAAUGGUUAUGAAACUGGCAAGGAGAAGCUGACGGAGGAUUUAUCUCAACUUCUAGACGAUCUUGAUAGAGAUGUAAAGAUUCAGAUAUUUGGGAGCUGCUCCAUAGCAUGUGAGGCGAUGUACAAGGAGACUCUUAGACGUGGACUUGAGUCGCUAAUCGGCACCAUCUUUACUGGAGACAGCAAAACCUGGGACGAUGCAAUGGAAUAUGGUCGGCAGGUCAUUCUUGCGCCUCAGGACACUCAGCGAAGGGCAUCAUCUCCGUGGAUUCGUUCUUGCUCGGAGUUACAUAGUGAGCUCAUAAAACUCUUUGGCCCACAGAUCAUCAAUGCUGCUCGGCUAGGAACUGCUUCUAUUAUCGCAAACCAUUACAACGGUGAUAGAGAGGCAAUUUCUCACGUUAACAAGAAGGAAAGCUAUAUGCGUCACCGCCAUGAAGCUAAGCUUGGAGCGGCCUUUUAUCCUCGGUCAAGUCCACUUGUCACGGGAUGCUACCUGAGUGGAACACUCCCCUGUUCUUUAGCUCUCUCAUCAUUCCUUCCUGUGGAUAAAGCCGUCCAGGCAGCACAACUCUCUCACUUAUCUUUAUGUGACGACUAUGGCAGCUUCACGCACGCAGACUAUGACGUCCGGCUGCGCAUGAUUGCCCUUUCAGCCGGUGUGGCAUACCAGUACGGCGGGAGAGUCAUCAACAUUUUCGUGGACGGAACAGCUCUACAAGCACUCGGAAUUGGAAUUGAGACACCUCUGUCCGUUGAGGCUGCUAUGGCCUGGAGAGCGGUCAGUGGGUGCACGACGGUGUAUAGCAAGUACAACUUCGAGGGGUGCGAUCUUCAAGAUGGACUGAUCGGACCCAUUUCCAUGAUGGCUGCACAUGACCUGCUUGAUUGGCGAAGCGACACAGCCGCUGGCAACCACGAGAACGGAGUCUCAGCAGUAUAUGGGCUUGGAAAUGAGGCCGCAUUUCACACCUAUUUGGAAGCUCUUCUCAAGAUGAUACUCCGUGGUCCUCGCUUUGGCAUGUACGGCAUUGGAUCCAUGAUAUAUAUGCAUUAUACGGUAGCGCGAUAUGCGUCAUGGGAAUAUCACGGCAAGCAUGGAGCGGCUUGUAAUGAAUGUGUAGACCUUCUUCGUUCAGCCACAGAAGGGGCUGGUCUUAAAUGGGCACCAAAGCCACCACCUAGCAACUACGAAGACGGUGAAGAGGUGCGAGAAUGGGGUAGACUUUGGACUGAUCAAUUCAUAGACAGAGGACUGAUGCAGGAAGCUGUAAGCUGGUUUCAGUAUCUGAUCUCAUCCGGCAAGAUAUGGCUAUUCGAUGUCUUAGCCGACGCUGUAAAUCCAGUUGACGAUGGCACUGAUUGGGUGUAACGACGCUUUCGUGUCAGUGGUGAUGUUAAUUUCGACUCGAAUUGGAAGUAUAUGUCUGCACAUGAAAUGAGGGAAAGAUCCCCCGUGGUU